CUCCACUAGAGCAGACAGCCCCUCUCUGUCCUCCCGUCUCUCUCUGUGCUCCCUAUCUCUCUCUACCAGUGCAGAGAACCCCUCUCUGUCCUCCUGUCUCUCUCUGUCCUCUGUAUCUCUCUCUACCAGUGCAGACAACCCCUCUCUGUCCUCUGUCUCUCUGUCAGAGGGCUCUACCUGUCCUGCCCGUGAAUGAACCUGGAUCUGUGAGACCUUGUGGAGAGUCUUCUGAGCCAUACAAGUUCACCCUUCGUCAUCUUCACUGUCAGGGGGAUGUUGGAGAUGCCAGGGAAGUUCUGCAGCAGCAGUGUGGCUCAGGCUCGCCGGGCUGUGGACCAGCUUCGGCUGGAGGCCAGUGUGGACAGGAUCAAGAUCUCCAUAGCUGCCACCGAUCUGGUGCGCUUCUGCCAGGACCACAGCAAGAGCGACCCGCUGCUCACCGGCAUCCCCACCUCUUCCAACCCCUUCAAGGACAAGAAGUCCUGCGUGCUGCUCUGAACGCCUCUCAUGCCCUGGCUCCGGAGCUCCACGCCACAAAACAAGCUGACAGCCAGCCCACAAAAGCCUCCUCUACACUGCCAGAGAGCAGACAAGAAAUUCACUUCCAACUGUAUGCCUAAGAGAAGGCUAGCUGGUAUAUGACAGAGUUGAUUCCUCGAAUGAAAAAAAACGAGGUGAGAAACCAUGCAGCAUUUUCCCAUGAGCAGAGACUGAACAGAGCAGAGGGCACUGGCUCCAUCAGUGUCCACCUGAGGGCGCUGGCACCAUCAGUGUCCACCAGAGGGCAUCAGUAAUGUCCACCAGUGGGCGCUGGCGCUAACCAUGUCCACCAGAGGGCGCUGGCAUCAAGUUUCCACCACC